AUGGCGUAUGCUUGGAGAAAUUCUCCUAAGCAAAAAUCUUCAGUCGUCAAAAGUUUUUCAUCAACAAGUGAUACUGAUGGAACUUGGUGUAAAAUCGAAUUUCCAUCAUUUGAAGAUAAUCAAUCUAAUAUUCUCUCAUUGGACAUUCGAUUAUGUUCAACUAAAAUUGAAUAUGCAGAUCUGAUUGGAUUUAACAAUACAGGAAAUACUUGUAUAUGGCCAUCGGAAGAAGUUCUUGCAUUUUAUUGUUUAAAAGAAAAAGAAAUAUUUGAAAAUCGAAGUGUAUGCGAAUUGGGUGGUGGUAUGACUUGUUUAGCUGGACUUGCUUUGGCUCGAUCGAUUCCGCUCAAAGAGUUUGUUGCUACUGAUGGAAAUGAAAAAAGCAUUGCUAAUUUAAAUCAAAUUUUAAACCACACAGAAAAUCAAAAGAAUUGGUUAUGUUCAAUUGAACCCAAAGUUUUGAUCUGGAGUCGAACAUUGAAUGAUAUAACUUUGAAAGAACGUUUUGAUUUUAUCAUUACUGCGGAUUGUUUUUUCUUCGAAAAUCUUCAUCAUGAUCUUUGUCAUACAAUUUAUUACAUGUUAAAAGAUUCUGGUGUUGCUAUCAAUUUCGCUCCAUAUCGUUCAAAAACAUUGAAUAAAUUUAUAUCGAUCGCUGAAACAUAUCCAUUUGAAUGUCGUGUAUUGGAACAUUAUGAUCAAGAAGUCUUUGAUAAACAUUUACAAUGUGAACAAAUUAAUAAACAUUAUACAAGUGAUCUUCAUUAUCCGAUUCUCGUUAUUUUACGUAAAUGUUCUGAAAAAUGA